UUGUAUGCCUUGAAGGCUCAGCGCAGUAUUUGCAAUACAUAUAUCAGCAAUAUAGUUUUAAUGGCGUGUGUGUCGCCUAAUACAUGUAGCCAUAAAAACACGUGAACGCAAUAAAUUUCUUUGUCCCUAAAAUCCCACCAUUUUCACGUGUGUUAUGCGCCAGUUUUCCUUUUCCCCCUUUUCCCAUUGAGUGCAGAAAAUUAAAAGACAACCAAAAUGAUUGCCACGGUGUUUAUUUUUACUUCUUUAUCUAGCUCUAGCGCCUCAUCUGAGUGCAAAAAAGGAAUCGCCUUUUGACAUCUCAAAAUUGACUUCUUGCAAUUGCACAACAAAUACCGUGCCAAUGACGUCAUUCAAUUGGUAGCUUACGGUUGGACUCAAAAGAGAGAUAGAGUAAAAUUCCUAUUUCUCUUCAUUAUAGCCGUAGUUAUUACCUCUUAGCAGCAAAUUAUUAUUAAUUUUGUUUGCUGUUCCCUGGUUGCCCUGGUUACUUUUUUGUCUCCUUGAUUUAAAAAAGCAAAACAACAUUUUAGGUUAUUCCUGCUUCCUUGCAUUUCUACGCUGUUAGCCAAACUCAGAUGUAAAAUAUGCAGGAUUCUAAUUUACAACUUUUGUUCAAGCAUUCGUUAUUAAUUAUGGAUCGAAAGUUGGGUUUAUUGUAGCAAAUUUACCUCAGGUGUCGGAAGAGACGGAAAAAGACAAAAAGAAGCUUUAGGAAUGAAGUGUCUUCAAAACCGAACAACGCUGCUGAAAUAUUUCAUCAUUUUCCUACUUGCAUUAUGUUUAUUUGCAACCAUGCAAACUUUUAUAACCUCUGCGAUUGCUGAAAAGUCGUCUAAACUGAACCAUAUGAAAAAUCGCCGAAUGAAGUUUUCAGCGAGCGACGAGGAAAACUCGGGAUCUGAGGAAACGAUUGACGGAAGAUCGGGAAAAGACGGCGAGUCUGGAAAGUUUCACUGGUCAGGUUCCAGUCUCUCCUUAUUCGGUAAAAGUGAUGUGAUCAAAUCAGGCGUGCUGCGCUAUCCAUUCAAGUUUCCCGAUUUGACCAAUCUCUUUGUCCAUAAUCAAACGAGAACUCUCCAUUCGGAACUCGUUCAAAACGAGAACAAGUCAUCAACAUCAUCAGAAGAACAAAUCAAAAAAGGUCAAACUUUGUUUACAGAUAGCAAAAAGAAUAUUUUUAACACUGAAGAUAGCUUUCUAAUCAAGCAGUUACACGCUUGUCGCGAAAUAUCUCAGCAACAUCAAAAAUUGGUGCUAAUUCUAAUUCCGUCCGAGCCUAAAAACUCGCUACGUCGUGAAAUAAUCAGAUCGUCUUGGCUCAAAGUUACUCGAAAUCUAACAGACAAAUACGUGCUGAAACACUUGUUUAUUCUCGGAAAAACGUCCGACUCGAAAAACACGAAAUCUUUAAGCUGGAAAAUUACGUUUGAUUUAUUGAAACUUGAAAAUUCGGUGUAUAACGAUUUGUUAGUCGGUGAUUUCAUCGAAGAUUACUGGAAUUUGACGUACAAAACAAUGUUUGGCGUCACUUUUGCCAACUUCUAUUGCCAAAAUGCCGAUUAUGUUUUUAAAAUUGACGACGACGUUUUUGUGAGACCUGAAAAAUUUGUUCCACUUUUAGAUAAUUUACCGAAAUCGGAGUUUUUCGGUGGCAAUUGUAUUAAGAAAGGCAAACCGCAUCGGACAAAAAAGUCGAAAUGGUACAUAUCUAAGGAAGAAUUCCCAAGGGUCAGGUACCCCCCCUUUUGUUACGGUCCCUCGUACGCUUUCACCGGAGAUAUGAUUCCCUAUUUGUUCAAUGCAACUUUGCAGGUAAAUUUCUUCAAACUUGAAGACGUUUACAUGGGAUUAUGUAUCGAAAAAGCGGGCAAAACUGUUCAAAAUGUUGCCGGUGUCUCGAAUACCUCUCCAAAAUACACUUAUUGCGUUUACAAGGAUUUGGCUUUAGCUCAUGGAAUCGAACCUACCAAAUGGAGUAUGUAUUACAGAGAUUUAACAAAAAGAGCGCCUCAAAAAAUUGUCUGCCCAAAGAAAGUGUCGAGAAAAAGCAGUCGGCAAUUGAGAUAAUCGACAGUUAAGAUUGUCGAAAGUGCCAAAAAUUGACACCAAAUUAAAAAAAAACUUCAAAUCUAUUCCUCGCUUUUCUGCCAGUUUAACCGUGAAAACUCUAACUUUUGCCUAGUAAAACUUCUUUUGCUUUCCCUAUUUGUUGUAUUAUAUAAUAAACAAUAAGCGUAUAAAUUUAGUAUUAUAAAAACUG